GCUAGAACCAAAUGUCACGGACACAACUUAAAAUAGGACCAAAGAGUAAACACUUAAACAAGACUUUUUUUGUCCUCUUCUUUCUACUCUUAGGUUAUAUCCAAUGAAGAACUUAAAUAUGGUUUUCUUCAAGAUCUUCUUCAUCUCUUUAAUGGUAGGAUUAGCCAUGAAAGGAUCUUGGAUCAACUUAGAAGAUCUCCAAAACUUCUUCCUCCACCAUAUACAAAACAACCUCCAAACCAUAAGCCUUCUCUCGUUUCUUGUCGGUUUUGUGUGGAUCCUCUACAUGUUAACCCGUCCUAAACCCGUUUACCUUGUUGACUUCUCCUGCUACCUCCCACCGUCGCAUCUCAAAGUUAGUAUCCAAACUCUAAUGGGACACGCAAGACGUGCAAGAGAAGCAGGCAUGUGUUGGAAGAACAAAGAGAGCGACCAUUUAGUUGACUUCCAAGAGAAGAUUCUUGAACGUUCUGGUCUUGGUCAAGAAACAUACAUCCCCGAGGGUCUUCAGUGCUUCCCACUUCAGCAAGACAUGGGGGCUUCACGUAAAGAGACUGAAGAAGUAAUAUUCGGAGCUCUUGAUAAUCUUUUUCGCAACACCGGUGUAAAACCUGAUGAUAUCGGUAUCUUGGUGGUGAAUUCUAGCACGUUUAAUCCAACUCCAUCACUCGCUUCCAUGAUUGUGAACAAGUACAAACUCAGAGACAACAUCAAGAGUUUGAAUCUUGGAGGAAUGGGUUGCAGUGCUGGAGUUAUAGCUGUUGAUGUCGCUAAGGGAUUACUACAAGUUCAUAGGAACACUUAUGCUAUUGUAGUUAGCACAGAAAACAUCACUCAAAACUUGUACUUGGGGAAAAACAAAUCAAUGCUAGUCACAAACUGUUUGUUCCGGGUUGGUGGUGCUGCGGUUCUGCUUUCAAACAGAUCUAGAGACCGUAAACGUGCAAAAUACGAGCUUGUUCACACGGUGCGGAUCCAUACCGGAUCAGAUGAUAGGUCUUUCGAGUGUGCAACACAAGAAGAAGAUGAAGAUGGUAUAAUUGGAGUUACCUUGACAAAGAAUCUACCUAUGGUGGCUGCAAGGACUCUUAAGAUCAAUAUUGCAACUUUGGGUCCUCUUGUUCUUCCACUGAAAGAGAAGCUUGCCUUCUUCAUUACUUUUGUCAAGAAGAAGUAUUUCAAGCCAGAGUUAAGGAACUAUACACCAGAUUUCAAACUUGCCUUUGAGCAUUUCUGUAUCCACGCUGGUGGAAGAGCUCUAAUAGAUGAGCUAGAGAAGAAUCUUAAGCUUUCUCCGUUACACGUAGAGGCGUCAAGAAUGACACUACACAGGUUUGGUAACACUUCUUCUAGCUCAAUAUGGUACGAGUUGGCUUAUACAGAAGCUAAAGGAAGGAUGAAGGAAGGAGAUAGAAUUUGGCAGAUUGCUUUGGGGUCAGGUUUUAAGUGUAACAGUUCUGUCUGGGUGGCUCUACGCAACGUUAAGCCUUCAGCUAACAGUCCAUGGGAAGACUGUAUGGAUAGAUAUCCGGUUGAGAUUGAUAUUUAAUUUUAUGGUUAAGAGUCCAAACUAUCUUAUCUUGUUUAUUUUGAUUGACAUUUUAUCCUAUGUUUGUUCUUUAAAGAGUUUGCAUUGAAUAUUUGUUGUUGUCUAUUUGGUAGAUUUGUUUUUGGUACUUGUUUUAAGUAAGAAGUGAUGGAUGAUACUGAAUUUUCUUUACAUAA